CAGGAGGAUGUAAGGAAUAUUGAGUCCGGCAAGGUUCCUCUUCCUAAGUACCUGGCCUCUGCAGAGCCUGCCAGCGCAGCAAAGUCCAAGGCGUCAGAGCAGGAGCGGCGGAAGGGCAUCCCUUGGACAGAGGAGGAGCACAGGCUGUUCCUGAUGGGCCUCGCCAAGUUUGGCAAGGGCGACUGGCGCAGCAUCUCCCGCAGCUUCGUCAUGUUAUCCAUGCAUGGCCUGACGCGGUGUGCUUUCUUUGGACAGGUGGCGAGUCAUGCGCAGAAAUACUUCAUCCGCCUCAAUUCAAUGAACAAGAAGGACAAGCGACGGUCCAGUAUCCACGACAUCACCAACCCUGGCGGCGUCUCCGGUGAUGUCACAGGUGUGCUGCCAUCCUUUGCAUGUUCCCAUUCUUCCUAUUCUCCUCUCCUAGGUGGGGGCAGAUGA